AAGGAAGGUCUGCUCUUCACGCUCCUCACACACUCAUCUCAUCAUUGCACUGAGAAACAGCAGCACAGUGCAGUUACUGGCAGACUGAUUCUGCUCCCAUGGAGGGUAAUCACAGUGGUUUGACUGGAAGCACACAACCAUCUUUGCUAGAAAGACAGACUGAUGGGCACAUUUAUGAAGUUGCGGUACAAACCAACUCCACCAACCGCAGCUCCCAGUUUGCAGACGUGGCCUUGCUGCAAACUUUCAAACCUCUCAUCAUCCCCUUUUAUGUUCUAGUCGUGGUGGUGGGUGUCUUUGGGAAUUACCUGCUUCUUUAUGUCAUCUGCCGAACCCGAAAGAUGCACAACGUCACCAACUUUUUCAUUGGAAACCUGGCCUUCUCUGACAUGCUCAUGUGUGUCACCUGCGUCCCCUUUACUCUCGCCUACGCCUUCAACCCUCAUGGUUGGGUUUUCGGGCGCACCAUGUGCUAUCUGGUGUUUCUCGUCCAACCUGUCACAGUGUAUGUUUCAGUCUUCACACUCACUGCUAUUGCUGUGGACAGAUAUUAUGCAACAGUUCACCCCCUGAAGAAGCGGACCUCUGUGGCGACCUGUGCCUCUGUCCUUACUGGGAUCUGGCUUCUGUCUUGUGGCCUGGUAGCUCCAGCAGUGACCCAUACCUAUCAUGUUGAAUUCAAAGAGGAAGGCUUCACUAUCUGUGAGGAGUUCUGGUUGGGUCAGGAAAAAGAAAGACGUGCUUAUGCGUACAGCACCCUGCUGGUUACUUACGUCCUCCCGCUAUCGGCUGUUUUUGUCUCUUAUCUCUGCAUCACUGUCAAACUGAGGAACUGCGUUGCUCCGGGCCACAGGACGCAGGACCAGGCAGGCGCUCAGCAGGCUCGCAAAAGAAAGAUCUUUCGCCUGGUCGCUCUCCUGGUGUCUGCCUUUGCGGUGUGCUGGCUUCCUAUUCACGUGUUCAACGUGCUGAGAGACAUUGACAUUCACCUCAUUAACAAGCGUUACUUUUUGCUCAUCCAACUGCUGUGCCACCUGUGCGCCAUGAGCUCCUCCUGCUGUAACCCCUUCCUGUACGCUUGGCUUCACGACCGCUUCCGCACCGAGCUGCGGAAGAUGUUCAAGUGCCAUCAUCGCAUUGGAGUGCCUGCCAAUCACUGUGCCGCUAGCGUGGUAUUGUAAUUGACUAGUGAAGAGCAUUCUCUGUCAUUAAUUUAGUGUCACUUUCUGACUCAUCCUGAGCGCAAGUGGAAAC